ACGAAACCGACUGGCGGCGGGCUUCCUGGUGACAGAGUCCCGGCGCCGGGGCCAUGAGCAACCGGGAGGUGCUGGGCCAGGCUGCCCGGCUGGCCUCCACCGGUCUGCUCCUGCAGGUGGUGUUUCGGUUGAUCACCUUUGUCCUGAAUGCAUUUAUUCUUCGCUUCCUGUCAAAGGAAAUCGUAGGCAUAGUGAAUGUCAGGCUGACGCUGCUUUACUCGACCACCAUCUUUCUGGCCAGAGAGGCCUUCCGGAGGGCGUGCCUGAGUGGGGGCGCCCAGCGAGACUGGAGCCAGACCCUCAACCUCCUCUGGUUAACAGUCCCCCUGGGUAUAUUCUGGUCCUUGCUUCUCGGCUGGAUAUGGCUAUGGUGGCUGGAAAGGCCUGACCCUAAUGUCAUCCCCCACUAUGGGACCGGCGUAGUGGUGUUUGGUCUCUCGGCCGUGGUGGAACUUCUGGGAGAACCCUUCUGGGUCUUGGCACAAGCUCAUAUGUUUGUCAAGCUCAAGGUGGUGGCCGAGAGCCUGUCCGUAGCCCUCAGGAGCGUCCUGACAGCUGUGCUCGUGCUGGGGUUGCCCCACUGGGGGCUUUACAUUUUCUCUUUGGCCCAGCUUUUCUAUACUGCAGCUCUUGUGCUCUGCUAUGUCGGUUAUUUCACAAAGUUACUGGGCUCCCCACAGUCGGCCAAGCAGCAAGCUCUUCCUGUCUCCAGAAUGGCAGAUGUGUUACCCAGUAUUGGAAGAGGUAGAGCUUUUCUAAAUUGGAAAGAGGCUAAAUUGACUUGGAGUUUUUUCAAACAGUCCUUCUUGAAACAGAUUUUGACAGAAGGCGAGCGAUAUGUGAUGACAUUUUUGAAUGUGUUAAAUUUUGGCGAUCAGGGUAAGAUGAAAUUCUGCAGUGGUUUAAUUAAAGGUGUGUAUGAUGUCGUGAAUAAUCUUGGCUCCCUUGUAGCCAGAUUAAUUUUCCAGCCAAUAGAGGAGAGUUUUUACAUAUUCUUUGCCAAGGUGCUGGAGAGAGAAAAGGAUGCCACACGCCAGAAGCAGGAGGAUGUUGCUGCGGCUGCCACGGUCUUGGAGUCCCUGCUCAAGGUGGCCCUGCUCACCGGCCUGACCAUCACUGUUUUCGGCUUUGCCUAUUCUCAGCUGGCUUUGGAUAUCUACGGAGGGGCCAUGCUCAGCUCAGGGUCAGGUCCUGUUUUGCUGCGUUCCUAUUGUCUGUACGUCCUCCUGCUCGCCAUCAAUGGGGUGACCGAGUGUUUCACAUUCGCUGCCAUGAGCAAAGAGGAACUCGACAGGUCUUUGAGGAUCUCACCGAUCGGCGACACCUCUCCUCAGAGAAAGACCCAAGGGCACGUACAAUUUCACAAUGCUGGCCCUGUCCUCUUCAUUCCUGGUGUUGUCCUAUGUCCUGACCCGCUGGUGUGGCAGUGUGGGCUUCAUCCUGGCCAACUGCUUCAACAUGAGCAUCCGGAUCACGCAGAGCCUUUGCUUCAUCCACCAGUACUACCGAGGGAGCCCCCACCGGCCCCUGGCCGGCCUCUGCCUGUCACCAGUCCUCCUAGGGGCGUUCGCCCUCAGCGCCGGGGUUACGGCUGUUUCAGAGGUGCUCCUCUGCUGUGCGCAGGGCUGGCCAGCCAGGCUGGCGCACGUCACCGUGGGAGCCUUCUGUCUGGGCGCGACCCUCGGGACGGCCUUCCUCACAGAGACCAAACUGAUCCGCUUCCUCAGGACUCAGUUAGGUGCGUCCAAACAGGCUGGCGCAACGACGUGACCCUCAGGAUGCGCAGGAGCCUUCAGCACGUGGACAGAGGUGGACAGAACGCACGUCUGUUUGGAAGAGCCCUGCAGAGGGACCCCGCGGAGGGAGACCGUCCCGGGCUGGGAGGUGGGGAGAAACACCCGCCACACUCACCGCCCCUUUGACAUCUUCAGCAGGAAGGAGGAAGUCCAUUUUCAAGGGAGACCCAAAAGCUCUUUGAAAAUAGAUGCAAUUUUUUCCCACCGUUUUGUUCUAAUCAGCAUUUUUAUUUUUGAUUAAUAUAUUAAUUCCUUUUGGGUGUGAUUGAUCUUAGGGGCUACAUGUCCAACAAACUCUAUCUUGGAAGGGAAGAGUUAAUAAGCAUCAAGCUCAGAAGAAGUGGUGGAGCCAUUUUACCCUUUGCAGGAAUAUUUGACUUACUCACACCUGAUAGCACGCACCAAAGAGCCCCAGUGGCCCUGGGCUUGUGGCUUUCCCUACGUCACCGUGGUCUGGAUUGUUAGGGAAGGAAAAACAGUCCUGAAUGAGAAAUGCAAGAAAUGAAAACACAAAGUCUCCCAGAUCACAUUUCCCAGAGCUCACAAGGGAGGUCACGCCUCUGCUCGGUGCCGCCCCCAGAGGAGGUGCAGGCUGGCUCAGGGCCCCGGCCAGGCACCCAAAAGACAGGACUCGGAGGAAGCUGUGUCCCAGAGUGAGCUGCCUGGCCACCUGCUGGGGGGUGUUCCUUUUCCCCUCUCAAUAAAAUGGUAAAUUCUG